AUGAACGUUCCCAACUCGGCCAGGUCGGCCGUGGUUCGCCGCCUGUCCACCGACUCACAAUCGCCUUCCAUGCAGGAUCAGACGCCUGCACAGAGGAGCGUCUGCGAGCUCUUCCGGCGCUUCGACAGCGACAACGACGGGGCCCUCAGCGAGGCGGAGUUCCGAAGGGCGUUCGCGAAGCUCACCCGGGGCAGCCUUACCGACGCCCAGGUGGACAAGAUGGUCGAGGCGGUGGAUGUCAACCGCGACGGCGUGAUCGACAUUUUCGAGUUCACGGUGUGGCUGUACUCCAAGAACAGCAAGGGAGGGCGAAAGUCGCUGGUUUCCCCGCCCUCGACGUCCGAGCUGGCAGCGUUGUCGAACGAGCUGACGCAGCUGCGCGAGCAGUCGACCCAGCUGCAGGCAGAGGUCAAGGUUCUGCAGGCAGAGCUCAAGGUGAAGAAAAAAGCGCUGGAGCAGAUGGAGGUGGAACACGAGGAGGAGGUGAAGGUCACGCACGACUUCUGGCGGUCGGUGGCCCAGCACGUCGUGGUGACCAUAGACAAGAAGGUCAACCUCGACGGCGCCGACUGGCUCGGCAACGGCAAGUACGGCUUCGUCAUGAGGGCGCGCCGGCGCGAGGACGGGCGAGAUGUGGUGCUCAAGAUGAUGGGCAUCCGGUGGGCUCACCUAGCGGUCAAAGAGUGGCAGCACGGCGCCAUGAUCGGCAAACACCCGAGUAUUGUAGAGUAUGACGAGGUGAUGAUUCACAACGACGACGACAGCAUGAUGAGGAACAUGAUACAGGCCGGGUACGAGCAGGGGUCGCUAAAGUCGAAAGCCAGAUCGAAGCGCACGCAGUUCCCAGAUCGAUACAUCUGCCUCAUGCAGGAGUUCAUGAAUCGCGGCACUAUCCAGGAUUGGAUUGAUGACGAUCAGCUGCGUCCCGGAGGCAUGUUCGUGGUGAUGCGGAAGGUGGCAUCGGCCCUGGCCUUCCUCCACGACAUGGGGGUCACGCACAACGACAUCAAGCCAGAGAACGUCAUGGUGCACGUGGGGCGGGAGAUGGUGGACGGCGACGCGGUGGUCGUCAAGCUCGGCGACCUGGGCCUCACCACGAGGUCCAGCGACCAGUCCGCCGACUUCUGGCAGUACGGCAUGACCGUGUUCUGCAUGACCACCGGGGAGAGGUUUGGGAGCCGGAAGUACAGACCCGCGGCGGCGCAGGCCUUCGUCGCCGAGUGCCGCACGGCCUGCGAGGCCGCCGUGCCGCAGGGCAGGCUGCGCGUGACGCUGGACGAGGUGCCCGAGAUCCUCCGCGUCGUGUUUGCCCACGGGGCUUCCAUGGCGCAGAUUUCCGAGCGUGCGUGCCUGCAGGGCUGGAAGUUCUUCGACGACGGGGACCGGUGCGUGUCACGCGACGAGAGAGCCAGCAAGCCGCUGGCGCGGCCCACCCAGCCGCAGAGCCGCAAGGUGAACGCGAAAUUCGAAGGAAGGUCCGUUCACCGUGUGGUCAGCCAGAUGAGUCCGAACGAGGAGUUGAUCGCGACGCCCCCUCCCGGCGGCUAG